GAAGGCCUAAAUAAAAAAUGAGUAAAUGUUAACUUUGCAUCCAAGAAUAGAAUGAGAGCUAGCCCUACUACAAUUAACCCAACCGAGAAUCAGAGCUAGCUAGCUCUCUCUCUCAAGGAAAUGGGGAAGCUUUAGAUGUCUCUUAUCUACGGGAAAGACAGAAGCAUGGCAAUUAGCAUUCCAGCAAAGAGAAGCGACUAACGGAGGGAAGACAUAUUUUCUCUCUCUGUCGAUCCCUUGUAAUAAGCUCAAGGCCAGCUAGGAGACGAAGUUAUAAUAGACGGAACAGUAUUUUAGUACCAAUAAUGGCUCUCUCUCUCUUUCUCUCUCUGUAUAUUUAAUAGAACAUUGAAGAAGAGCAUGAUCUACAAAAAUAUAACCAUAUAAAGAAGGGGAAUUAUGGAGUUCCAGCCAUGGUGGUUCUCGCCCAUUUUUUCUCUCUUCUUGGUUCUUGCAAUGGCGAACUGUAAACGCAUUCCUACAACUCUUGAAGGACCGUUUUCACCUGUUACUCGACAAUUCGAUCCAUCUCUACGAAGAGGCAGCGAAGACUUGCCUAUUAACCAUCCGAGACUCACCAAGAAAGUCCCCUCAAUUUUUCCUGAACAGAUUGCCCUUGCCAUCUCUUCUCCAAACUCAAUGUGGGUGUCUUGGGUUACAGGGGAUGCUCAGAUUGGGCCCAAGGUAACCCCUUUGGACCCCUCCACUGUUGCAAGUGAGGUUCAUUAUGGGAAAGAGAGUGGGAGAUAUUCUUUUAUCAGAAAAGGGAUAUCUACUGUUUACAGCCAGAUAUAUCCAUUUGAAGGCUUGUUGAAUUACACUUCUGCCAUUAUUCAUCAUGUAAGAAUUGAAGGUCUUGAACCUGGAGAAAAGUACUAUUAUAGAUGUGGGGAUAGUUCAUUAUCAGCUAUGAGUGAAGAACACAUAUUUGAAAAUUUACCCUAUCCUGGCCCAACCAACUAUCCCCAUCGAAUUGCAAUUGUUGGAGAUUUAGGCCUCACAAGCAAUACAACAUCGACUAUAGACCAUCUCAUUAGGAAUUCUCCCUCACUAGUGCUAAUGGUUGGAGACCUGAGUUAUGCAGAUCAGUACCAGACUGUUGGUUCCAAAGGAGUUCCAUGCUUUUCUUGCGCGUUCCCAGAUGCUCCCAUCAGGGAAACAUACCAACCACACUGGGAUAAUUGGGGAAGGUUUAUGGAGCCCCUAACCUCAAGAGUUCCCAUGAUGGUGAUUGAAGGAAAUCAUGAGAUAGAGCCUCAAGUUGAUGGAGUCAAUUUUAAAGCGUAUCAGGCACGAUUUUCUGUUCCAUCAGAGGAAAGCGGCUCUAACAGCAAGCUCUACUACUCAUUUGAAGGAGGAGGGGUUCAUUUUAUCAUGCUUGGAGCCUAUGUUGGCUACAAUAAGACAGGUGCACAGUAUACUUGGCUUAGGCAGGAUCUGCAAAAGAUGGAUCGAAAAGUUACCCCUUGGCUUGUUGCUGCAUGGCAUCCACCCUGGUAUAAUAGUUAUUCUUCACACUAUCAGGAAUUCGAGUGUAUGAGGCAGGAAAUGGAAGAUCUUUUGUAUCAAUAUAGUGUUGAUAUAGUCUUUUCCGGCCAUGUACAUGCAUAUGAAAGAAUGAAUAGAGUUUACAAUUACAAUCUUGAUGCUUGUGGCCCUGUAUAUAUCACAAUUGGGGAUGGGGGAAAUAUUGAGAAGAUCGAUCUAGACCAUGCAGAUGACCCAGGGAAGUGCCCAUCACCUAGGGAUAACAAACCUGAAUUUGGGACAACGUGCCAUAUAAAUUUUACUUCAGGCCCAGCAAAAGGCAAGUUUUGUUGGCACAGGCAGCCAGACUGGAGUGCCUUCAGAGAGAGCAGUUUUGGACAUGGAAUUUUAGAGGUUUUCAAUUCAACGUAUGCCUUAUGGACUUGGCAUAGGAACCAAGAUGCAUACAAUGAUGGUUGUGGAGAUCAGAUAUACAUUGUUCGGCAGCCUGAAUUGUGUAUGGACGGUAUCAGAUCGGUUUCUUUAAGUGGUGGUUAGUAUAAAAAAUUAGCUGAUACGUAUGUAUUUGUUGAAAAACCAAUAAACAUUAUGCGGGAAAUCUGGUAAAAAUAGAAUCUUCUUAUAAUGUACAUAUGUAAAUUAUACGCAUGAACUUACAUGUGCAAUUGUUGAUUAUUGUUAUUCUUUUUUCUCACAUCCCCUUGUCGUGCUUUCUUUUACUGUUUUAAUGAUAAUGCAACACUUUCAAGCA